GUGAUCAUCGCGGCCUCUUCGCCACCACGACCGCAAGGUGUUCGACAGUUUGACCACAAAGGUAUGGACAGUGGAGACGAGUUCUUCUUCCACCACUUCCUUUGUUCAUCGAAUGAUUCGUCGUCGGAUGAUGAAGAUCUUGUGGUGGCUGCACUAGUCGUUCAUGACCACAUUCAACGGCAGCCUCCUCGGUACAGGGGGUCAGUCCCUGGCCGUGCUCCCAACCUGAACCGCAACAGGAAGAGAGGCCACGCCCUGCUCUAUGCCGAUUACUUUUCCAACAAACCGCUCUUCAAGCCGGAUAAAUUCAUUCGCCGUUUUCGAAUGGCAAGGCAUGUGUUCAAUCGUAUCCGAGAGGGAGUGGUUGCUCAUGACCCAUACUUCGAGUGCAAGACGGAUGCCCUUGGCAAGCUUGGGUUCUCCUCUUACCAAAAAUGCACCGCGACCGUCCGCAUGCUUGCGUAUGGAAUUCCAGGCGAUCUGGUGGAUGAGUACGUGCGUAUGAGCGAGAUAACAUGUCUGAUGUCAAUGUACAAGUUCUGCCAGGCUGUGAUCGAGGUGUUUGGCCCAGAGUACUUGAGGCAGCCAACUGCCGCUGAUACAGAGAGAUUGUUGGCAACCAACGCAGCUAGAGGCUUUCCAGGCAUGCUUGGUAGCAUAGAUUGUAUGCACAGGGAGUGGAAGAACUGUCCAUUUGGUUGGCAGAGCCAGUACAAGGGGCAUGUCAACGAGUGCACUGUCAUAUUAGAAGCGGUGGCAUCGCAGGAUCUUUGGAUAUGGCAUUCUUUCUUCGGCAUGGCAGAGGGAGAGGUUGCUCAUGACCCAUACUUCGAGUGCAAGACGGAUGCCCUUGGCAAGCUUGGGUUCUCCUCUAACCAAAAAUGCACCGCGGCCGUCCGCAUGCUUGCGUAUGGAGUUCCAGGCGAUCUGGUGGAUGAGUACGUGCGUAUGAGCGAGACAACAUGUCUGAUGUCAAUGUACAAGUUCUGCCAGGCUGUGAUUGAGGUGUUUGGCCCAGAGUACUUGAGGCAGCCAACUGCCGCUGAUACAGAGAGAUUGUUGGCAACCAACGCAGCUAGAGGCUUUCCAGGCAUGCUUGGCAGCAUAGAUUGUAUGCAUAGGGAGUGGAAGAACUGUCCAUUUGCUUGGCAGGGCCAGUACAAGGGGCAUGUCAACGAGUGCACUGUCAUAUUAGAAGUGGUGGCAUCGCAGGAUCUUUGGAUAUGGCAUUCUUUCUUCGGCAUGGCAGGUUCUCACAAUGAUAUCAACGUGCUGCAACGUUCUCCAAUCUUCGCGAGGCUUGCAGAAGGCCGCUCCCCACCUAUCAACUUUGAGAUCAACGGUCACCAGUACAACAAAGGAUACUAUCUAGCUGAUGCUAUAUAUCCUAAGUGCUCGUCGGCUAUAACUAUGUCCGGUGUGCUCCGCCUCCUCUGCACCAACGAGAUUGAGCUCACCCACGUCCUCCGCCCCGAUGUGAAGAUCACAAAUAAACUGGUAGCAUGA